AGAAAAACUUGCAAGAAAUCUUCUAUAAAUAUUUUUGUUACAAAUUUAACCCACAUCAAAAAAUUCCAGUAUAUCGUAAUGUUCAAUAAAUAAAAAAGAGAAUGUGCAUUUAUAGCAAUAUUUUAAAAUUUAUUAUAGUGGCUAUUGUAAAGACAAACGGAAUAUUUCUGUAGUUCAAGGCAACAGCCUAGGGAAAGCAAAUUCUACGUUCUUUUGCAUAAGGUCAAUUUCAUACAAGUCAAUUUUUUUUAUUUUUUUUUGAUAAUAUAGCUACAUAUAAAUAUAUACAACAAAGUAACAAAAAUGCCUUCCGUACGGAAAUACCGUCGCGAAACCACUGAGAUAAGCUGUUGUUUAAAAUAUCUACUCUUUAGCAGCAACGUAGUUGUUUGGACUGCUGGAUUAUGUGUUCUGGCAGUUGGUAUUUGGGCUUGGAACGAAAAAGAUAUGUUCAGUAAUUUGGCUAAGCUAACAUUUAUAGCCUUAGAUCCGGCCUUUGUGUUAAUUUGUACGGGAACAAUCACAUUUAUAAUUGGCUUUACKGGAAGCGUUGGAGCGCUACGGGAAAAUACCUGUCUCUUGUCACUGUACGCACUAUUCCUGUCGUUGCUGCUGACUUUUGAAAUAAGCUUGGGCAUAUUAACUUUUGUACUAAAGGAUAAGGGCUGGAUAAAAGAUCAAGCUACYGAAGGAUUACGUGCCUUCAUAAUCCACUACCGUGAGGAUCCAGAUCAGCAAAAUCUUAUCGACUGGAUACAAGAAGAUUGGCUGCAGUGUUGUGGAAUUGAUGGCCCAAAAGAUUGGGAUAGCAAUAACUACUUCAAUUGUUCAUCCAGCGCCAUCGGGAGUCGGGAAGCAUGUGGAGUGCCGUUUUCAUGCUGCCGUCGGCGACCAACCGAAUUAAUAAAGAAUAAGCAAUGUGGCUACGAUGUGCGCAAAGAAGGAUAUCCGGUGGAACGACAUAUCUAUGAGCGCGGUUGUUUGCGAGCAGGCGAAGAUUGGCUGGAAGCACACCUGAUUAGUGUAGCCUCUUCCUGCAUUUGUAUACUUGUAGUGCAGAAUUUUGAAAUAUCGAAAAUCAUUUACGAAAAAGGCUGUGUACAAGCGGGUGAAGAGUGGAUUGAGCGUAAUUUAAUUAUAAUUUCAACCAGCGUUAUUAUACUUAUUUUCGUACAGAUACUUGGCAUUUGCUUCACACAAAAUCUCCGCGCCGAUAUAAAUGCGCAAAAAUCUAAGUAUCACUGACAAAUACCUUCCGCCGCGCCAUGCAAUGGCAUACCGCCACGKCCCACUGCCAUUUAGGUCGGGUACAAGACACGCCGCAACAUGUGGGUGUAGUAUGAAAGAGUGCAUAUGUGAAAAUGAACGGGUAAAGUAAUGCACAGUAAACUAGUUAAACAGUUAAACGUAAGCUUUAAACUUCCGACUAUGCUASCAUUUUGAGUUAGAGACGUACAUGUACAUACUACUAUACUAGUAUAUACCGAACUUAGAGAAACAUAGAGACAUGCAAACCCCUAUACUGAGAAAGCAACAUCAACUGAAUAGUGUUUAAAGCUUUUUAAAGUUCGAUUUGUAUGAAUUCAGUUAUAUAUUGACACUUUUUAAUUACUCUUUUUUUACAUUAAGCUGAUUUACUUUAAAAUCUCAUACGAUACAUUCUUCCACUAAUUUUCAAGUCAAACUCAAAUUGCAGCUGUGAUAACUCUUUUGGUCAGCUUUCAAAAUACUCACAAACACAAAACAAAACUAACUUGACUUAUAAUGAUGCAACUCAAACUAAGCAAACAAAGGUUAUAUGCCACAUACAAAAACAACACACCUAUGUAUAUAUAUAUAUWUUUUUUUAUUUUCACAACAACUCUGAAGCACUUGAAAAGUCUAUUAAGUAUAGCAAACUGUAACCUGAUAUACUGUUUUGUUGCUAUUUAAACGCAAUAAGUGAAGAUAUUACUAUUAGUCCAGAAAAAGUAUACUGCAUAAGUAAAUGUCUAUUUUAAAUACACUCGUCCUUAUGUGGUUGGAGCGCAUGCGUAUUAUUCGGGACGGAAGAAGAAAUGCGCUCACGGCCAUCUAACUAUUUAUCAGCAGAGUCAAGUAAAGACUAACUGUGUUAAUGCUCUAUUCAAUAUAAAUAAAAGGCUCAAACCAAAGUAAUUAAGCAGAUUUAGUCCUAUGAUUAAAUAAACUAAUAAGUGUAACGAAAAGGUACGCGUAAGCUUUGUUAGCUUAAACGAAACGCAAAAAUCUAGUUAUUUUGUGAGACCACAAUAAGUGAGUUAAGUAUAAACUACUUUUACACGUUAGGAAUUACACUUAAAAUGUAAACUAAAUAAAAAUAUGCGAUAUGACAUAUGCAAGUAUUAGGGUGGUAAUUAUUAUUAUUUUUUUUUUCAGUGUAGAUUUACUUCUGUACAUUUACAGAUUGUAUAUACAUAUAAUACAAAAAGGUACGUAGGCUAACAUUUUAAUCUUUUUUGAGUAUAUAAGUCCCUAUGCCACCUUUCUAAAUAUGUUUUCCAUUAUUUAGAUUUAUAGUAUAUAUUUACUUCUCAAAUAACAAAACAGUAUUUACCAUCAUUUCUAUUUUUGAAGAAAACUGCUUUAUCCCUAUGCUAUUAAAGAUGUAACAAAUUGCAUAAAWUUUGUAACAUAAUUUUGCUCCACCCUAAUACGUAUGUAUGUCUAGUUAUGUACUUACAUUUGAAUAAAAAUUAGUUAGAUAUUUGACAGACGAAUAUUGUACUGAUUUAUAUGUACAUACAUAAGUAAUAACAAUUAGCUAGCAAUACAUACUAUUAUUAACUAAAAGAGAUUUCUGUAUUGAAAAGCUCUUAGAUAUAAACUGAACUUGCAAAGGAAUCUCACAUCAUCACAUCAGCGAUGGAAUUUUGACAAAAGUUUAUUUUUCAUCUCACAUUUUUACGGUACCAUACGGUACAUACCAUUAUUCUUUAAAUAUUAACGCCUGAUAUCAAAAUGGUCUAAGGCCAGGCGUAUAAUUGCCUUCUUUUACUCUCCCCGUUGUCGUAUAAUGUAUUUUCACUGCCCGAAUACAAAAAUAUUAUUAUUGUAAUAACCUUCAUUAAGAAAUCUCUUUAACAUAAGUGUUUGCCUUUUGACAACUUUUGCGUACAAAGAAAAAAAUUGAUAUUAUCUUGAAAGUAUUUAAAAAAAUGUUUGUUUGAAAAUAUGUAAAGUAAACAAAAAAAUAGAAAAUUCCAUUCCAAAAUAAGUAAAUAUUACAAGUAAGCUAGAAUAAUUGUUUACCUUCUUCUUCUCCUUUAUUUCAUUUAUUUCCAUUUUUUAUUUUUGAUAUUUUCAAUGUUUUACUUUAUAAUACGUAUUUAGUUUUGRGUCUAUAGUUUAUUAAUCGUUAUACUAAUUAGAGAGAUUACUUUUUGUGUUUAUGAAACUCCACUUAAGAUUGCUCGAUUACCAUAUGUAAGGUUACUACAUGUUAAGUCGCUUAAAUUAAUUGCCUGCGCUUCGUCAAAUUUAGCAAACAACAGGUAAAUAACAGUAAACUAAAAUAACGUAAGUGUAUUCAACUUUAAUAAGSUAUCCACAUAUUAUAUUAAAUACAAACUAUAAAAUAUCCUUGUUACUUUAAGAUAUAAAACUUUGAAAAAAAGAACAGUGGUAAGACGAACGUAGGCAGUUGAUGAUAUUCAAGAUAUGUUAAACAUUUUCUUUAAUGCUUCCAUUAUMCUAUAAAAUAUUGAUUACAUAAAAUGUUAUGUAGGUUAUGUACACACACUUUUUUAGAUAGUUAUAAAUAUUGUAUAGCAUUACGAAACGGACAAAUUUCUCUCGUUUGCCAAGCAUUUUCCUGUAAGCAAAUAAUCGUAAGUGUAGUAAAUACAACAAUUUCAUACAAAUUUUUGUUUGUAGAAAUAACCGAUGAAUUUUAAAAUAGCAUCCCGCGAUUUCGGGAUUUAAAUGAAUGUGGGCUGAAAGUAGAGGUUCUCCAAAUGAAUAAUAUAUACAAUAUAUACAUACAUACGUUAUAUGCCUUCGUAAUUGUUUAGAAGCAGUUAAAUUUACAGACAAAAAUGAAACAGUUUUUAUUUAAUUGGGAAACAAUUUGAAUUUAUUAAAUUUUUUGUGGGAAUGCCUUGUAUUCCUAUAAAUUGAAAAAUUACUUACAUACAUGAAAUUAGUGAAWUUUUGAGCUUUAAAUACAAAUAUCUUAAAAAGAAUAGAAUAAGACAGCGGCAGUUUUACAUAUAUUCGURCAUACAGCCUAUAACCCUUGUAGCCCCGAAAUCGCGGCAUCAUAUUCUAAAUUCCAGCAAAACUUUCUGAAGUUUUUUUUUUUUGGACAUGAUGCUGAAAAGCUGUUUUAAAAAUUAUUUUGAUUAUGUAUAUAAUGUUCAUAUAAAUAAAAGGUAAAUAGUUUCAGUACUUAGCAAAUUUUUGGUAAGUUGUGACGCCCUUACGAUUUAUGUUGCUUAUACAAUCAUAUACAAAUGUAUACAUAACAUACAAUAAGAACAUAAAUACAUACGUAUAUGUGUACUUUACUGCAUAUGUAUAAACACCUUAAUGUAAUAAACAUAACACUAAGUAAAUGUUUAGUUAACAAAACCUUUUAAA